GCGCGGGAGGCGGCGGCGGGGCGCUGUCAUGGAGUUAGCGCAGGAAGCGCGGAAACUGGUUUGCUGGGCGGCCGAAGAGAUGGAGGCGCCCGAGGUAGCCCGGGCCCCGGAGGCGACGCUGCGCAGGCUGUGUUUGGGCCAGGGGGCUGACAUCUGGGCCUAUGUCUUGCGGCAUGUGCACAACCAGAGGAAUGUCAAGAAGAUCCGGGGAAACCUCCUCUGGUAUGGCCACCAGUACAGUCCAGAGGCCUGUCGGAAGUUGGAGCUGGAAGCUGCUGUUGCCCACCUACGGGCAGAGAUCCAGGAGUUAGACCAGAGCUUGGAGCUGAUGGAUCAAGAGACUGAGGCUCAGGACAUCGCUAUGGAGCAGGCACUGCAGAGCAUGCAAGACACCCAACGACAUGCUCUCCUCCUCCGGGCCCAAGCCGGGGCCAUGCGAAGACAGCAGCGUGGACUCCAACAUCCCUUGCAAUGGGUACAGAAUCAGCUCAGGCGCCUGCAGGACAUAGAGAGGAAGGCUAAAGUGGAUAUAACCUCUGGGUCCUUGACAUCAGCAGCCCUGGGCCUGGAGCCUGUGGUCCUGGGUGAUGUCCGAACAGCCUGCACCCUCCGAGCCCAGUUCCUGCAGAACCUCCUGAUUCCUCAGGCCAAAGGAGGCAGCAUUCCAAACCCUCAAGAUGACCAUUUUGGAACUUCCUAUCAGCAGUGGCUUAGCUCAGUGGAGACACUGCUGACAAACCACCCUCCCAGCCACGUCUUGGCUGCCUUGGAACACCUGGCUGCAGAACGGGAGGCAGAGAUUCGGUCCCUGUGCAGUCCGGACAAGCUCCAAGAUACAGAGACAGCCAGGUGUGCCGGAGAGUGCUUCCAUCGUCAGGCAUGGUCCCAGGUCCCAGACCAGUCAAACUCCAGCCAGGCCCUGCCGUCUGUGAUGCAUCUCAUCCAGGAGGGCUGGCAAGCUGUGAGUGUGCUGGUCAGCCAGCGGGGCCCCCUCCUGAAGGAACAUCAAACCCUGACCUGGCGCCUGCAGAGCUUGAUGAAGGAGGUGGAGAAAUGUACCCUGGGAUCCAGCGAGAGGCGGGCAUUGGUGCUGGGGCUUCGGGGCUGUGGCCUGUUGGCAGAGCUCAAGGCCCUGUGUGCCCAGAGCCAGGAGCUGGAGGAGGCAGCUGGACGGCGGCAGCUUCUACUGCAGGAGCUACUAGCCAAACAGCAGCGGAUCCUGCACUGGCGCCAGCUGGUGGGGGAAACACAAGAACAGGUCCGCCUGCUCAUCAAGAGCAACUCAGCCAGCAAGACGCGCCUGUGUCGGAGCCCGGGAGAGGUGCUAGCUCUGAUUCAGCGAAAAGUGAUCCCCACAUCUGAGGCGGUGGCGCCACAGAGCCAGGAGCUACUUCGCUGUCUAGAGAAGGAGGCCCAGCAUCUGCCCCACCUUCUGCUGGGCACCCUGCUGCGGCACAGCCCUGGAGAAUUGAGGCCCCUGCCCACAGUCCUGCCAUCAAUCCACCAGCUGCAUCCUGCGUCCUCAGGGGGCUCUAGCCUCAUAGUGCUUAGCCACAUGCUGGGGCUGCCCACAGGGAAGGCUCCAGAGCUGCUCCUCCCAAAGGCCGCCUCUCUUCGCCAGGACCUUCUGUUCUUCCAGGACCAGUGGAGCCUCCGGUGCCGGCAUCUGCUCCACAUGAAGACCAGCCUACCGCCAGGACCAUCCACCCAGAAGUUGCUGCAGACUUGUGAAUCCCAGGAGAAGGAGCAGAAGGAGAGCCUGGGGCAGGCCCUGAAGCAACUGGAGAACCUGCUGGAGCAAGCCCUGGAGCGGAUCCCCAAGCUGCAGGGAGUUGUGGGGGACUGGUGGGAUCAGCCAGGUCAAGUCGCCCUCUCAGGGGAACUCUGCCAGGGCCUGUCCCUGCCCCAGUGGCGGCUGCGCUGGGUCCAGGCCCAGGGAACCCUGCAGCAUCUGUGCAGAUGAAGAGGGGACUCCAACAGGAGUCAAGAACUGUGCAUUUGUUCACCUCACCUCUCUCAAUAUGGAAAAAAGCAUCACCUGGGUGUGUCGCCCAUUGUCUCUACCCACACCUGCCCUCCCCCUCACAGGCUGUUCUGUUUUCUCUCAACGGCCUUACCCCUGUCCUUUCAUCCCACCAAAGCCAAGAGAAUGGGGUGCUCUGGACCCCACCCCAGGUCCCCCUGAAACCCUUCAUCACUUUCACCCUUGGCAAAGAGUAACUGAGCACCUGCUCUAACACUGAGGGUCCAGCGCUAAACAAAAUGGACAAAAGUCCCCACUUUCAGGGAGUUGUUCUAGGACAAGGAAACAGACCACUGGCAACAUAAAUAUGGAGUAUAUUGGAAGAUAAGUGCCAUGGAGAAAAAUAAAGCAGGCUGUGGGAGGUGAAGUUUUAAAUACAGGGCUACACAGCAAAGGUCACAUGGUAAAUGUUGUGAGAGGCACGCAGAGACCUGACUGCAGACCGGUCAGUGUAACUGCCAAGGAGACAGGCAGCUUCCGGGGCGAGGAGAGUUAAGAGAUGAGACUGUCUUCUAGUUUUUAUACAGUUUCUUUUUUUACAUUUAAGUCUCUGAGCCAUUUGGAAUUUAUGCAAAUGGACCCAUAUUUGUCUUACUUUACAUAGAUCCCAGUAGCACUUAUUAAAAUAGAGCAGUGGUUGCUUCUGAAGGAGUGGUAGGUGGCAGGGAUUAACAAAGCAGGAGACAAGGGAACUUUCUGCAGUUGGAAAUGUAUUAGUUAACCCUUGAAUAACCCUGGGGUUGGGGGUGCCAACCACCUGGCGUAAUUGAAAACCCACAUAUAACUUUUACUUUAGACUCCCCCAAAAUUACUAAUAGCCUGCUCUUGACUAGAAGCCUUACAGUCAAUUCAUAUUUUGUAUGUUUUAUGUGUUAUAUACUAUAUUCUAAGAAUAAAGUGUGCUAGAAAAAAGAAUGUUUUAAGAAAAUCAUAGGAGAAAAUACAUUUAUAGUACUGUAUUUAUUUUUAAAAAUCUGCAUGUAAUUGGACCCACUUAUUUUUUCAAACCUGUGUUUACUAAGGUCAACUGUUUAUGAGUGGUUAAGGUUACACAGGUGUUUAGAUUUGUCAGAACUCAU